CCGUUGGAGGUAAAGAUAUUUAUGAAGCUGUUGGAGGUAAAGAUAUUUAUGAAGCUGUUGGAGGUAAAGAUAUUUAUGAAGCUGUUGGAGGUAAAGAUGAUCAAAAUGAUGAUCCUUAUGUUGGAGGUAAAGAUGAUCAAAAUAAUGACAUUUAUGAUAAAAAUCAUAGUGAUUAUGAAGAAGAAUAUCGUUAUUAUGAGAAAGAACAUAAUGACUAUGAUGAAAAAUAUAGUGACUAUAAUGAAAAUAAUAGUGAUUUUGAGGAAAAAUAUAAUUAUUACAAAAGUUCAAAAAUUGAUAUUAAAAAUAAAUUUAUGGAAGCUGAUAGAAUCAUAAAAACAUCAACAACCAUUACAACCAUUACAUCACAACAUGCAGAUUUAAUUUAUACUAGAAAACACAUAAAUACAAAAGAAGUAAUGGAUGCCAUUAAUAGCUAG